AUGCAGCAAACACCCGGAAAAGACGACUAUGGAUACGACCUGGGGACAUACCAUCGCCAAGUCACGGCGGCCACCGACGACAGUCAAACAUGGUUCGACCGCGGCCUCGUCUGGGCGUAUGCCUUCAAUCACGAAGAGUCGGUCGUCUGCUUCGAGCGCGCCAUCGAAUCCGACGCCAGCUGCGCCAUGGCAUACUGGGGACUGGCGUAUUCCGUCGGCCCCAACUACAACAAGCAAUGGAGUUUCUUUGACGACACAGACCUGGCAAUCGCAGUCGGUCGGGGCUACAAGGCAGCUCAACUCGCCCUCGCCAACAUGGCCCACGUCACGCCCGUCGAGCAGGCGUUGAUCAAGGCCCUCCAGUUUCGGUACCCCCAAGAGCAGCCGGCUCCGAAUUGCGGCGCCUGGAACCAAGGCUUCGCCGACGCCAUGGGAACGGUCUACGCGGCGUUCGUGGACGACUUGGACGUCAUCACCAUCUACGUCGACGCCCUCAUGAACUUGACGCCAUGGCAGCUGUGGGAUCUGCGAACCGGAGAGCCCACCGAAGGAGCGCGAACGCUGGAGAUUAAGGCAAUCGUCGAUCGUGCCCUCACCUUGCAGGGCGCUCUUCAGCAUCCCGGGCUGUUGCACAUGUACAUCCAUCUGAUGGAGAUGUCGCCUUCUCCGGAGUCUGCCCUCCCUGUGGCUAACCAUCUCCGUGGACUUGUUCCAGACGGAGGCCAUUUGCACCACAUGCCGAGCCACCUCGACGUGCUUUGCGGGCGAUACCAGGAGGCUAUCGAGUCCAAUGCCCAAGCAAGCGUUGCCGAUGAGAAGUUCCUGUCCAGGGCAGGGCCUCUGAACUUCUACACCCUCUAUCGGUCGCACGACUAUCACUUCAGCGUCUACGCUGCCAUGUUUGCCGGCAAAUACAAGGUGGCCAUCGACACCGUAGCGAAAGUGGAGGCCUCCAUCCCCAAGAGUCUUUUGCAGGUGGAAUCGCCCCCCAUGGCGGACUGGCUCGAGGCGUUCCUCACGCUUCGCGCACACGUGGCGAUUCGAUUCGGCCGCUGGGAGGACAUAAUUGACCUUGAACUUCCAGAGGAUCAGAACCUCUACUCGACGACCACGGCGAUCCUGCACUACGCAAAGGGGGUUGCAUUUGCUGCGACGGGAAGAGUCCAGGAGGCAGAUGAUCAGCGGGCUCUGUUCAAACAAGCCGUGACACGAGUGCAGGCGUCGCGUACUCUCUUCAACAACACGUGUCGAGAUAUUCUCGGCGUGGCAGAGGCGAUGCUAGACGGUGAAAUCGAAUACCGACGGGGCAACUUCGACGUGGCGUAUGAGCACUUGCGCCAGGCGAUGCACCGCGAGGACAAUCUCCCCUACGACGAGCCAUGGGGGUGGAUGCAACCCACGCGACACGCCUACGGUGCGCUCUCGCUGGAGCAGGGCCAUGUCGAGCAAGCGCUCGAGGCGUACAUGGCCGACUUGGGCAUGGAUGACACUCUCUCCCGCGCCUUGCAGCAUAAAAACAACGUCUGGGCGUUGCAUGGAGUCCACGAGUGUCUGCGGAAGCUGGGCCGCACCGACGCCGCAAAGGAGGCUGAGGGCGCGUUGGCGAAAGCAGUCACCAUGGCGGAUGUUCCUAUUACUGCGUCUUGCUUCUGUCGACUGGAGACGGAAGAUGUCGGCCAAGAGUCGACUCACUGUCGAAGUGGUUGCAAGGAGUAG